CAGUAAUGAUGGAUUAUGUAAAGCUUUCAAAAACGCAAAAAUACUUAUGCAUAAAUAGAGCAAAAAUAAUGCUAGGGUGAUUCUAAACCUUAUGUGCUUUUGGAGGAGGUUUCGUGACGGUUACACAACGAGUACUUUGAAGUUGGAACAUUUUGAGGACGAUUCUAUCGAGAUGGGAGUUCGCGGGCUGACCAGCUACGUCAACUCAAUCGAAACUCUCUGGAAACGUCAGACCAAGCUCAAAAACACAAAACUUAUCAUAGACGGGUCCGGCUUAUGUAACGAUCUUUACAGGAACGCCUUCGACUGUCGACAUGGAGGCCAGUACGAAGAGUUCCACGACGCUGUACUUUCGUUUUUCAAUGCGCUUGAUUCUAACGGUGUAGAAUCCUUUGUAGUCCUCGAUGGUGCACAACAUGCAAGCGGCAAAAAGUUAGAGACACACAAGAAAAGGGCAAAUCAGAGAAUCGAAACAUCUUGUGCCUUAGCCGAGAAUCGGGCACCAGAAAAGGGCGAAGACUUUCUACUUCCGGCUUUAUCGAAGCUUGUGUUUCUGCAGGCGCUGAUGGAUCAUAGCGUCAAAUUCGCGGUCUGCGACAGCGAAGCAGACAAUGAAAUCGCCUCCUUGGCCAGCACUUGGAACUGCCCUGUUUUAGGCAAUGACAGCGACUUCUUUAUCUUUGAUAUAAAAGACGGCUACAUCCCACUUUCUUCUUUCAACUGGAAGGCUGAUGGGUUAACUGCCGACAUUUUCUAUCGAGAAGAACUGGCAUCGCACUUUGGAAUCCGCGCAGAAUUUCUUCCUUUGUUCGCUUCUUUGGUGGGGAAUGAUUACGUCAGUUUCGAGGUAUUGGCAGAGUUUAGACCCACACUGAAUCGCGGAAAAGCGUCAAGAUUUGCAAGCAUUGCUAACAUUCUAUCGGACUCAAGGACAGAAGAAGAGGCGCUCGAGUCCGCGCUACGAAUGGUAGGGUCAGCGGUAAGCAGAGAUAAACUAAGACAAGCUGUCGACCAUUCUCUCCAGGAAUACAAGAUCACAGAGUCAAAUUUACUGCACUUUUUCGAUAGUGGUGUGGUCGACAGCUCCUUGAGGACUCAAAAUGGCCGUAAAAUUGAAGAAUGGAUCUUGCUCAAGUUUCGCAAGGGACUGUUCUCAGCCAAAUGUAUGAACGCCUUGACAACGGGGAAAAUCCUUCUCAGAACUCAGGUUGAAAACUGUGAGGAAGUAUCGGCUAAUCAGUGCUCUCAGCGCCUGAGGAAAGUCAUGUAUGGCAUUUUAAACGAUGCUGCAGCUCACGACGGGAGAGGAAAUAUAACGAUGGUCCAAGAAUGGGACAGAGAGGGCUUAGAGGUCAAGUCGUCAAAUGUGCCACCCUACCAGGAGGGCGUGGUCGCUAGAGUGAGUCUCAUUCCGCGCUUCGAGAAAGAAGUAAGAUUAGAGAUUUUGUUAAAUGCGCUUGAUUUAAACACAGCUUGCAUCAAGUCCUUGCCGGAGAAGUUUAAAUUAAUUGCAGCGUCACUACGUUUCCUCGUUAAUAACGCUCAGCCAAUGUUAAAGGUGAACCAUCUCGUCUCUUUACUCUGCUGUUGUCUUAUUUUGGAAGACGAUUCCACUGAACAUAAAGGAAACGCUGAGACCAGUACGUUUGAUCUAGGAGCGGCACAAAGCUUUUCUCAGUGGCAGUGUGUUUUGAGGGACGCCAUUGAUCUUAACUUCAUUUUGUGUGAGCCCUUAACUACACUGUGUGUUCACAAGACGUUCAAUGGAAAACUGGCUCAUAGUCUGCAGGAAAAGUUAAAUCAAGGUCGAACCCCAGAAGAGCUGCUUCCAUCCUUUAGAAACCAGUUGUUUUACAAAGAACUUAACAACGCAGUAACUGAUGGCUUACAGGCAAAGCUGAUCAGUGAUGAGGGGCAGAAAAGUUUCUGUAUUUAUUUUGUUGUCGUAUUGCUAGUGGUAUUUUGUUGCGUCGGAUUCUCUCUUCUUCGAGUAUGAAAGAAAUUACUGCCGUAUAUUUCCCCCAUUACGAACAACUUAGGCCCAGUGCACACUACAACACCUGAGGAAUUUGAAAUUACACGGGGGUUUCACUCUGAAAAAUCAUCAAAUGUUUUCCAUUCACACUACGCCGGAGAAAUUUCAAAACGCAACAAUAAACCAAUCAUUUUGGAUUUGUGUUUGAGGAAAACUCGGUCAGCGAAAUCACAUUACUAUCGUGAUGUUAUCGUUUUGGAAAAGCCCCGUUCUAGGUAGGCCUAGCCGUAGAAAUAAAGUUGCGUUUUCAAAUUGUUCCGGCGUGGUGUGGACGCUGCCUUGAAAGUAUUCCCGUCGCGUUUAUAUCCAAGCUUAUAUAGUUUGGUGUCGUUUGG